AUGCUGGUGGUGACGGCGACAGCAGCCCAGCCUGGCCGUCUGUGGAGCCUGCUCACCUCAGGCCAGGGCACUCUGGAUCUCAAGGGACUGGGUGGCCUGUUAAAUACGCUGGCGGCCCGUGUGCACUGUGCUGACGGGCCGUGUGGAAAGUGCCUGUCUGUAGAGGAUGCCCUGGCCCUGGGCAGCCUUGAGGAGCCAGGUUUCCCCCCAGGGCCGGUCCUAACAUCCAGCUACAUCGCUCGCCUCAGCGCCGCCGCUGUCCUCUACCUCAGCAACCCAGAGGGCACUUGCGAGGACAUCCGGGCUGGCCGCUGGGCCUCUCAUGCAGACCGUCUCCUGGCUGUGCUCGAGAGCCCCGAGGCCCUGACCCCAGGCCUGAGCCAGCUGCUCCAGAGGAUCCAGGCCCAGACUGCUAGUCGGGCCACUACCUGUGUAGACAUUCCGCAGCUGCUGGAGGAGGCAGCAUGGGCAGGGGCUCCUGGCAGCCCAGGGCAGGUCCUAGCUGUCCUGCUGGACCAUGUCAGAAGUGGGUCCUGCCUUCAUGCCCUGCCAAGCCCCCAAUACUUUGUGGACUUUGUGUUCCGGCAGCACAGUGGCGAAGGCCCCAACAUCACACUAGCUGAGCUGGAAGAUUUGAUGCAGCACCUGGGGGUGGGCAGAGAGUCCCAGGGUGACCACAGUGACCACAGUCAUCUGGGCAGGGGGACCAACCACCAGGAUCCUGUGCCCCAUGCCACCCCUGACAACAGCUCCAGCAUGUGGGACACGGUGUGUCUCAGUGCAAGGGACGUGAUGGCUGUGUAUGGGCUGUCGGAGCAGGCUGGGGUGUCCCCUGAGGCCUGGGUCCAACUGAGCCCUGCCCUGCUCCAGCAGCAGCUGAGUGGGGCCUGCAGCCCCCAGACCAGCCUCCCCAUCCAGGAUCAGCUCAGCCAGGCAGAGAAGUAUCUGUAUGGCUCCCUGGCCACGCUGCUCAUCUGCCUUGCUGCGGUUUUUGGCCUCCUGCUGCUGACAUGUGCUGGCUGCAGUGGGGUCACCCACUAUGUCAUGCAGACCUUUCUCAGUAUGGCGGUGGGUGCUCUCACUGGUGAUGCCCUCCUGCACCUGACACCCAAGGUGCUGGGGCUGCACACGCACAGUGGGGAGCACAGCGGGGAGGACCUCAGCCCACAGCCCACCUGGCGCCUCCUGGCCGUGCUUGCGGGUCUCUACGCUUUCUUCCUGUUUGAGAACCUCUUCAACCUCCUGCUGCCCAGGGACCCAGAGGACCCGGAGAAGAAUGGGCCCUGCAGCCACGGCGGCCACAGCCACGGAGUGCCCCUGCAGCUGGCGCCCAGCGAGCUCAGGCAGCCCAAGCAGCCUCACGAGGGCUCCCGCGCAGAUCUGGUGGAGGAGGAGAGCCCAGAGCUGCUGAACCCGGAGCCCCGGAGACUGAGCCCAGAGCUGAGGCUGCUGCCCUAUCUGAUCACACUGGGCGACGCCGUACACAACUUCGCCGACGGGCUGGCGGUGGGCGCCGCCUUCACGUCCUCCUGGAAGACCGGGCUGGCCACCUCGCUGGCGGUGUUCUGCCACGAAGUCCCGCACGAGCUGGGGGACUUCGCGGCCCUGCUGCACGCGGGCCUGUCCGUGCGCCGAGCGCUGCUGCUGAACGGGGCCUCCGCGCUCACGGCCUUCGCCGGCCUCUACGUGGCGCUCGCAGUCGGAGUCGGCGAGGAGAGCGAGGCCUGGAUCCUGGCGGUAGCCAUCGGCCUCUUCCUCUACGUGGCGCUCUGCGACAUGCUCCCGGCCAUGCUGAACGUGAGGGACCGGCGGCCCUGGCUCCUCUUUCUGCUGCACAACGUGGGCCUGCUGGGUGGCUGGGCCGUCCUGCUGCUGCUGUCGCUGUACGAGGACAACAUCACCUUCUGA